UUAUUCUAUAAAGUAAAGUAAAGUUAUCCCUGUGAUCCAAGGAGUAAUGCCGUUGCAGAGUUCCAGUUACUUUGCUGGCUCUUACUAGCUUUACCUGACUGUGUAGGAGAGCCCCUGGAUGCUGACACUGUUACGUGAAGACACAACAGACUUUCUUUCUUCUCCUCCGGAACCCCAGCCACUCCUUUCCAUUGUAGUAGGCUGGCUCAUGCUCAGGCAGACUGGACACUUUUCUUAAAUCACCCUUUCAACAAGCUGGUAAAUCAGUUAAUUCAGACAAACACUCAGCCACCAAAUGGCUACUGCAGCAAUGAAGAGGGUGUGCAGCUUCACUCUGUCAGUCGUCCACAGGAUCAGUCAUGGACCCAGACUAAUUUCUACACCCAGGAAAUUACUCUACAGAAGGCUGCUGCUCUCAGUUUGCUUUUUCUUUCCAAGCACAGUUGAUAGAUUAGCCAUAACUAUUAUCUGAUUAACCUUUAGCCUGAGCUGUUAUUAUUCCAGUAAAGGAGAACAUUACCCUAUCUACAGAGACAAGUAGACCAGAGAGACCCAGGAUAUUAGGAGAAACACCAGCUAUGUUUUGGUGAGGGCUUUGAAGGGGGUCAAGCUCAAAGCCAAGAGGAAAAGGAUUUCCACAGUAUUUAAAAACAGAAAAGAAAGUGGCAAUAUGGAAAGUUCCACCACAACUAUGGAAGAAAUGACUGAAAAAGUCCCAUUGGAGCAUACCAUUGGGAGCCAAGUUACAGAGCAGGAUUUUUCGAGACAGAGGAGGUUCAGAGACAGUAUUUUUUGCUCUGAAGAGGAUAACAGUAUGUAUUUCACAUACAGUGGCAAAUCAAAUGUCCUAGAGGUCAAAGAACUCAACUACCAGGUUAACAUGGCAUCUCAGAUUCCCUGGUACGAGAACUUAGCAGAACUAAAAAUGCCUUGGAUGUGGAAUAGAGGCCCAGAAUGCCAUGUGUCAGCAAUCCAGAAUCUGAAUUUUAAAGUUCAAAGUGGCCAGAUGCUCGCUAUCAUAGGAAGCUCUGCCUGUGAAAAAACAUCCUUACUUGAUGUGAUAACCUGUCGAGAUCAUGGUGGAAAAAUUAAGUCUGGCCAAAUCAUAAUCAAUGGAAAGCGCAGUACUCACCAGCUUGUUAAGAACUGCAUUGCACAUGUGCAGCAAGAUGAUCGACUACUACCCAACCUGACCGUCAAGGAAACAUUAUUAUUUGUUGCAAAACUGCGUCUCCCGAAGACAUUUUCAGACUCACAAAGGGAAAAAAGGGUGGAAAAUGUUAUAUCAGAAUUGCGGUUACGACAGUGUGCAGACACAAGAGUAGGGAAUGAAUACAUCCGAGGUGUGUCGGGGGGAGAAAGACGAAGAGUAAGCAUUGGAGUGCAGCUGCUAUGGAACCCUGGAAUACUGAUACUUGAUGAACCCACAUGUGGACUAGACAGUUUUACUGCACACAACCUUGUGAUAACAUUAUCCAGGCUCGCCAGAGGAAACAGAUUAGUUCUCCUUUCAGUUCACCAGCCCAGAUCAGACAUCUUCCAUCUCUUUGAUUUAGUUCUUCUGAUGACCUCUGGAACUACAGUCUAUUCUGGAACUGCUCGAGAUAUGGUCCAAUAUUUCACAGAAAUAGGCUAUCCCUGCCCAAAAUACAGCAAUCCUGCAGAUUUCUAUGUUGACUUGACCAGCAUCGAUAAACGGAGCAAAGAGAAGGAGAUAGAAAGUCAGAAAAGGGUCAGGUCACUUGCCACCUUGUUUUGUGAGAAGAUCAAAGAUUGUGAUGACUUCUUAUGGAAAGCUAAUGAAGGAGACUGUGUGACAACUGUUCAUAGUGAACAACGUUUCCUUGUCACUUCAGAAGAGGUGCAUUCCCCUUCAACUGAUCAGUUACCAGGUGGCUUAAAGCAGUUUACUAUAUUACUAAGUCGUCAAAUCUCCAGUGACUUCAGAGAUCUUUCAACGUUGUUAAUCCAUGGAUCUGAGGCCCUUCUAAUGUCAUUAUUAAUUGGAUUCUUAUACUAUGGUCAUGAGAAAAGCCAGCUAUCUAUUCAGGAUACAAUAGCUCUACUGUUUAUGAUAGGUGCACUGAUCCCGUUCACAGUGCUUUUGGAUGUUAUUGCAAAAUGUCAUUCAGAAAGAGCUAUGCUUUAUCAUGAUUUAGAAGAUGGGAUGUAUUCUAUUACCCCCUACUUCUUUGCUAAGAUUUUGGGGGAGCUCCCAGAACAUUGUGCUUUUGUGAUAAUUUAUGGGGUUCCUAUCUACUGGUUGGCAAAUCUCAGUCCAGAACCAGGACAUUUCCUUCUUAACUUCUUGGCUGUUUGGCUUGUGGUUUUCUGUGCCCGAGGAAUGGCACUAUGGAUGGCAGCACUACUCCCAACACUGCAGUUGUCAGCCUUCUUUGGCAAUGUCCUUUUCACAAUAUUCUUCCUGAGUGGUGGCUUCUUGAUAAGCUUAGAAAACCUGUGGCUAGUUCCAUUUUGGAUUUCUAAAGUAUCUUUUGUCAGAUGGAGUUUUGAAAGCCUGAUGCAAAUUCAGUUCACUGAACUCACAUACCAAAUGACUGUUGGAAAUGUUACCUUUCAAAUUCCAGGGAAACGUGUAAUUCAAGCUAUGAAUCUGGACUCAUAUCCUCUCUAUGCGAGCUACCUCAUCCUCAUUGGUAUUAGUAUUGGUUUCAUGCUUUUAUACUACUUAUCUCUGAGGUUUGUCAAGCAGAAAUCAAAUCAAGAUUGGUAACAGGUAAAAAAGAAAGAAAAUAUUAGUGCAAGUUAUUCUCACACUUGCAAAAUAUCUGCCCCCUCCCUCACCACAAAAGAGACUCCAUCUUUUAUACUUCACAAGUUCAAAUCUUUUAUUAAUACUCUACAUCAGAGAUGUACUGUAAAGUCUCUUUUAAUAAUAGGGCAUUAUUUUAUGUAAACCACUGGAUGGCAG